AUGGCUGGCAAUAUGCCUCAAAUGGCAGGCAUGAUGCAGCCACAGCAGCGUCCACCUUUGCAUCCAAGCCAAAUCACCCAGAUUGUUUUCAAGCAUCUUGCAGAGCAACCUCCAAUAGUAACAGGCUGGCAGUCUGGACUAUCUAUACAGGAGCGUCUGGGGAAAACAUGCCAACUAGUGACCCAGUUUAGAAUGGCCAUGCCGACCGAUAUGCACACAGCAAAGUGUAUUGAACUCGGGUUGACUUGCGAAAGGAGAGCCUUGGUAGAGGCACCAGAUCGCAACGCAUAUGAACAACUCAUACAAUCCAAAAUGGCCGAAUUGCAGAACAAACGGUUGCAGGGUCAACAUCACAUGCAGAACAAUGUCAACCAGCAAGCUGCCUUCAUGCACCAGCAGCAACAGCAUCAGAAACAGCAGCAACAGCAGAGGAUGAUGCAGAACGCGGCCCACGCUGCGGCACAGGCACAGAUGAACGGCGGGAUGGGGCCCAACUCACAGCUCCCCUUCCAACAUUUGCAGCAUCAAAUGCAGGCCUCGCCGAUUCCUCAGCAAUCAUCCCCGCCGAUGCAAAUGGGGAUGGGUGGCAUGGGAGGCAUAGCAAAUCAAGCCAACAUGCCCAUGGGAGCCGGUGUGCAGGACAACGGCAUGACCAUGGCAGACAAGCAGAAAAUUUUGGAAGUCGCAAAGCAGAACUAUGCACAGGCUCCCGAGCACACGAAGCAGCAAAUCCGACUGCAAAUGGCGGCGAAAAUGACACCCCAACAACAAAACGAUUUUCGAAGUAAAGGAAUCGAUCCCGUACUACAUUGGUUCCAAAAUCAGGCGAUCAACCAGUUCAGGAGGAACAAGAUGAUGGCACAACAGGGCCUGUCUGGGAUGCCCAACCAGGGCAUGGUUAAUUUGCAGCCGCAGAGGCCUGGUGGGGUGAAUGGUCUCGCUCAAGCUGGGCCCCAAGGUGUUGGUAACCAUAUGAGCCCUUUCAACAUGGAAAGCAUGAUGAGCGAGCAGAAGAACGCAUUCAUGGCUCAAGAGGCUGGCCAAACAGUUGUCCCUGCAAAUUCGUCCCAGAACCGACACGCAAAUCCUCAGCAGGGCCCUAAUAUGCAGGGCCAAGGCAUGUCGAAUCUUCAGCAGACACCCAACCAGCCACAACGACCGCAACAGCCGUUCGGUAUGCAGCAAGCAAAUCCUCACCUACAGGCUCAGCUCAGAGCGCAGGCUUUGGCACAAGCUGGCAAGCAGGCGGGGCUUCCGGGUCAGCCGGGCGGCGGUCCCGGCGGGCCUCCGAUGACAUCCCAGAGCCCCGCUAUGGGAACACUGAACACUCCUAUGGCGAACCCUCCCGUUUCGAUGGGUCAGAUGAACGUUCCAGCGGCGCCGAAUGGGGUGCCCCAACUUGACCCUCGUUUCAUGUCACGAACUCCCAUCUCCAUGGGCGGCAACGUGAACAACGUCCACAUGAACCCUCAGGUCAUGUUGCUACUUCAGAGGAUGACUCCGGAGCAGAGGGCACAGAUUCAAGGCUUGGCUCCCGAGCAGCUCAACAAGCUGACAGCGAAGUGGAUUGAAUCUGGCUCCACUAACAUGGUAGGACCUCAGCCAGGGCAGCUGAACAACCCGACGAUGGAAAAUCGAAACCCCGGUCCGAACCCGGCGUUGGGCAUGCCAGGUCCUCCGAUGCCACCGCAGCUCGGCAAGAUGAGCCACGCGCAAGUCGUUGAGUAUAUGGACAACAUGGAGUUGCCUCCUCAGAUCACCAGGGCGAUGCCUAACUUGACCAUCCCUGUGGAGAUUAAAAACUACAAGGCUCUCAAAGAUUGGCUGCAGCACAACCAGCUCAUGCAGCAGUACGAGCCUACGGUAAAGCAGAUGCAAAUAAUGCAGUUCAAGGCCGAGAUGAACAAAAGAAUGCAGCAGGGACAGCAGCCGCUCCAGGCGAACCAACAAGCAUUGCAACAUCAGCAGCAAAUGGCGGCACGGCCACCCCAGCAGCCCCAGAAUGCAGGUCAGGGCAUGGGAAUGCCACAGCCGGGGCCACAACCCCAGGGCAAUGCCGCGCCGCCAAACAACCAGCAGCAGAUGCUGCUAGAGCUAGCUCGGAGCUUGCCUCAGCAUGUCAUACAACCAUCUCCGCAAGAUAUCGAGACGUUACGGAAACAACCGAGAUGUGCUGGCUUUACUGACGAGCAGCUGUUUGACCUUGGGCGACAAAUCAAAACUAAAAACUAUCUAAUGAGGCAGCAACAACAGCGAAAUCAACAACAGCAAAGGCAGGCGCAACAGCCCCAAUCGAACAUGCCGCAGCCUCCUCAAGUUCACGUUGGUCAGCCAUUGGCUCAACCUCCUCACGAGCUCAAUCAGAACCCUGCGCAGAAACCACCUCCUGCGCCUCCAGGGGCAGCAGCACCACCCACUAACGAAAAGCAAUCACCUGCCAUGACUGCACCGACACCCACCAUGAUGAACCGCACUCAGUCUCAGGGGCGGGCGCCACAGAACGCAGCACAGCGACGGAACCUCAAACGUUCUAGCCCGGACGAUGUGAUCGAUGUCACUGGGCCCACGGCGCCACCGGCGAGGCAACCGCAACCACCUCAACCGCCGCAACCGAAGCAGCAGGUACCGCAGACUCAAGCCCAGAAUCCGCAGAGGCCAGCUACCUCUGGCCCCGCUCGGCCACCAUCGCAGCAACUGACGCAAGAACAGUUGUCCAAGCUUUCGCCCGAGAACAGGGCUAAAUACGAGGCCGCACUCAGAAAUCGCCAGGUCCUUUUAAGCGUUCCCCCAGAGGUUCGGGAGCGCAUACAGAAAAUGGCAACCGAAAUUGGACACGAGGUGGCACAAGUUGUGCAGCGUGAUAUGGACAUUCCGGCGGCUGAAGUCGCCCAGCUUCGACAGAAGAUACCAUUCCUGUUUGCCCAGCUUCAGAAAGCUAUGAAGGGUUUCCCUCAGUGGUACAAUGUCCACGGCGACGAACAGCGUGCGCGCCUGUUCAUCCGCUACCGACAUCUUGUAAUGCACCAGUUUGAAGACGGCAAUAAUGCCAGCCAAUUGAAGCAGCAGCUGUCAGUCAGGCUAAACGAUAUCGAACAAGCUCUAGCUUUGGUUGAAGUCAUGACCCGUGAGAUGAAUGCGCUCUUCAACGGCGCCGUCGCCAAUGCACGAGGUUCGGCAGCUCAACAACCCAACAAGCCACAGGCGCCACGGCCCCAGGCCGCAUCGGAAGAGAACUUUGAGGCCAACAAGGCGCAGGCAAAGCCGACCAACAAGGCCGCACAGGGUCCUUCUGGCCCCGCGGCCCAGCAGCCACAGUAUCCUGGGUUCGGGUCUCUGCCAAAGAACACUGCUGUGCCGGCAUACCUUGGCAAGCCUGCUGUUACAGUGGACACCCUCAACCCACCUCCCCCGAAGCGGAAGAAGCCCAACUCGGCACAAGUCUCUUCCCCUGCGCUGCAGUCUGCACAUGGCUCUCCACCUCAGACCAAGCCUCCAUCUCCGGAGGCUCGCCGCGAGAAUGUAGCCGAAGCACCAAAACAGCCUCCUAGACCUCUGAUAUUGUGCACCGAACCUGGUUGCGAUGCCGCCGCCACUGGCUUCCCCUCGGAAGAAGCCCGCAAUUUGCAUGUUCAGGAAGAGCAUGUUAAGCCGAGUCAAGACCCGUUCAAGUACUUGAAUGAGAGUUUCGCAUUUGCUGAGGCUGCGGAUCAACAGAAGAAAUUAUCAGCAGCGACCCCAGCAUAUCAGUCACAGCCUCAGCAAUCAGUUGCAAUGCAACUGACGCAAUCCAAGGACGGCUCUGUGGCCACGCCGACGCCGGGAGCAGUUCCGAUGAACCGACAGGUUAGCGGUGUAUCCGGGCCCCAUGCCGCGAAACCAGGGCAGGGAAUGAUGGGUAACACCCAGCCAGGCGCUACCCCAGCCAGCAGCACCGCUCAAGACAUGGUUUUGUCUCAGCCCGCGCCGUCUGCAGAGGAGAACCUGUUCGCAGGAACCGUUAUUCCUAAUGAGAUAUUCGCAGGCGUCCCCAACUUUAGCGCUACGGCAGACGGAGUGAUCUCGGAUCCGAGCCUAUAUAGAACACAUACGCCAAACGACACUCCCGACUCGAAGGAUGGCAGCACCUCUGAGCCCAACAGUGACAUCCCCGACAAUGCGAACAUCGAGAUUGAUAUGGCGUGGGCUGCGCUAGACGACGAUUUCUUAGUAAAUCUGAACAACUUCUCUGUGGACAACACGGAAGUCAUGGACACUUCGACGAGUUUCAUAGAUUGGAACGACGUGACGACCGACUUCGACAAGCCCUUCUCGUUUGAUGGAUCCAACUACAUCUUGGAAGCGAACUAA